AUGGACUUCAUCCACCAAGCCUUCCAAUCCUCCUACGGCACAGAGAACCCCAAAUUCUUCUGGUGGUACCCAGAAGGCACCCCAGCGAAGGAAAAGAACCUCCUCACCAAAAUCGACUUCUUCAUCCUGACGUACUGCUCUUUCGGAUACUUUGCAAAAUGGCUGGACCAAGCCAACCUCAGCAACGCCUACGUCAGCGGCAUGAAAGAAGACCUCUCCAUGUACGGCAACGAAUUCACCCUCGCGACGACGCUCUUCAACAUCGGCUCUAUCGUCGGCGGCAUCCCCAGCAACCUCCUCAUCACCUACGUCCCACCCCGCUACAUCCUUCCCGGCUGCGAGCUGCUUUGGGGUAUCAUCACCAUCGGAACCUACAAAGUGUCGCACUCCAGCCAGCUGUACCCUUUGCGGUUCUUCCUGGGACUCUUGGAGGGCACGAGCUUUGUUGGAAUUCAAUAUGUCCUCGGGUCGUGGUACAAGCGGAAUGAACUGGGCAAGCGGACGGCUAUCUUUGCUUGCUCGGCGUAUGUGGGGACUGCGUUUGGAGGGUAUAUCUUCAGUGGUGUGUAUGCUGGGAUGAACGGGUAUCAGGGGAUUGCGGCCUGGCGAUGGGCGUUCGUGGUCGAUGGGAUCAUUACUGUCGCGAUCGCCCUGUACGGCCUCGUCUUCUUUCCGGAUACCCCUGAGAAGACGAAAGCGUUCUACUUGUCGCCAGCCGAGCGAGAACGAUGUGUUGAGCGACUCGUCGAAGAAGAUAGAGCGCCCGUCGGGACCUGGUCCUGGGAUCUGGUGCCUCGAAUCUUCGGCUCAUGGCAGUUCUAUGUCCUGACGAUCCUGUGGAUGUUCUGGCAGACGACUGUUGGCAAAGUCGGCAAUACAGUCUUCCAGCUCUUCCUCAAGAACGACAAGACACACUCGUGGUCGGUGUACGACAUCAACAACAUACCGACGUCCAUCAACGGCUUCAACAUCAUGAUGGUCAUGCUCAUCAACAUCUACGCCGACGCCACCGGCCGGCGCAUGGUCGCCGCAGUCUUCAGCCUGUGCAUCCUCCUCUUCGGAACGAUCUGCCUCGUCGUCUGGGACGUCCCUCUCGGCCUGCACAUCCUCGCAUACCUCUUCGCCGCCUGCGAUGGGCCGCUUUCGCCGCUGUACAUGGCGUGGGCGAACAUCCUCUGCGGGAGCGACAAGCAAGUCCGAGCCAUGACAUUAGCCAUGAUGAAUGCUUUUGGGAAUGCCACCACGACGAUUAUCCAGCAGUUUGCCUAUCCGGUCACUGCGGCGCCGAGGUAUGAUGUUGGGUUCAAGACUAGUCUUGGGUUGAUUUGUGGGAUGGUCGUGUGGGUGUUUGUGUUGAGGUUCUUCGAGCUUAGGUCUUUGAAGAAGGCGGAGGCGGAUGUUGAGGUUCUUGAUGGCCAGGAAGCCAUGAGUCUUGACGGUGAGAAGAAGGAUCCGGGCAAGACUGGUGUUGUUAGUGUUGUGGCUCAAUAG